AUGCAAGGAAAGCCGCAGUCAAUUGAAGAGAUCAAGGCGGAGCAGAUCAUGAGAAGCAAGCAGCGUACCGGUGUUCUCGGGGCAGCACAUGAGGUGUCCGGUGGUGAAGCGCCUUCUGAAGGUAAAGGUGAUGCCGCCCAGCGAGUCUUCGGCACGAUCGAAUUGCUGGAGAUGAUCCUGCUGGAUCUACCAACGCAGAAGCUUUACACGUGCCAGAGAACAAGCAAGACCUUCCGAGACACCAUUGCGCAAUCGCUCAAGUUGAAGCGCAAGAUGUUCCUCGCACCAGAACCACUCGAAGCUCACGCGACUUCCAAGCCGAAGGCCAACCCACUUCUCUCUGGGCAGUUUUGGGACUGUGCGGACGUCGACCUUGAGACCAUGCAAAAAUGCUUCUUUGGACCAUUCAAGACAGGAACUUCGCCUGUCCCUGAACUUACAUCGGGCAAGUUCACCAUUGUCAUGCUGGAGGAUGAAGAUCAAGUCUUGAGCGCUUCACGCGAUUCGGCUGACGGCUGGGUGGGCGAUGAAUCCUGGAUGAAGAUGCUGGUCGUGCAGCGUGCACAAGGCCCAAUUAUCGUUGGCGUAGGUUCCAUGUUGGGCUUGACCACUCUUGAUGAAGGGAAUUUGCUGUACAAGUCGUCAACGAUGGGGGAGCUCUACCAUUGGGCUCUCGAUCAGGACAAGUCUGAUACGUCCAGCUGGAAUAUCUCUGACAUUUAG